GUGCAGGCUGAUGACGUCAUUGAAGUCUUCAGGUUACAAGCCCCGGUGUGGGAAUUUAAAUAUGGAGCCCUCUUGGGGCACAUGAAAAUCAUGCACGAUGCGAUUGGAUUCCGGAGUACUGGGACGGGCAGGAACUACACAAUGGAAUGGUACGAGCUCUUCCAACUCGGGAACUGCACGUUUCCGCAUCUCCGACCCGAAAUGAACGCCCCUUUCUGGUGUAAUCAAGGGGCCGCCUGCUUUUUUGAAGGCAUUGAUGAUGCGCACUGGAAGGAAAAUGGGACGAUGGUUCUGGUGGCCACCAUAUCGGGUAACAUGUUUAACAAAAUGGCAAAGUGGGUAAAAUUGGACAACGAGACAGGCAUUUAUUAUGAGACAUGGACGGUCCAAGCUAGUCCAGAAAAAGGAGCAGAGACAUGGUUUGAAUCCUAUGAUUGUUCCAAAUUUGUCUUAAGGACAUACAUGAAGCUGGCCGAACUUGGAGCCGAGUUCAAGAAGGUAGAAACCAACUACACGAGAAUCUUUCUCUACAGCGGAGAACCCAUUUACUUGGGAAAUGAAACAUCUAUUUUUGGGCCAGCAGGAAAUAAGACACUUGCUUUAGCCAUAAAAAAAUUUUACUACCCUUUCAAGCCACAUCUGUCGACCAAAGAAUUCCUACUCUACAAUGAUUCAUCUCUCAGCCCUGCUACUACACCUACACUUGUGUUUGGCAUUGUAGGGUCUCAAUAAACUGUAGCUACAAUGAAUAA